UGUCCUGUAUCAACCAGGGGCGAGUGAAAUAGAUAACAAAAGAAAGAAAAUAAAAGCAAACAUUUUCAUUUUAAAGCUUAAUGACCAAAAACUUGAGCAAUGAAAAAGUCUCUGCAAAAAAUUCGUUGUAUUAUUGGUUUACCAAUGACGAAUGCGGACGGUGAAGUAGUUCCGUCGUGCCGGGAUUAGACUCCUCCCUUGUCAAAACGCCCCCACAAAGCCCACAGUACCUUGCAAGCGGCGACACAUCUUACUUUGAACUUUGUCAACAUUCAUAGCCCAAGUUUGCCUUUUAUUUACUUAGGGCUUUUCCGCAAAUUUCGGUUUAGAAUGGCGAAAUAGUUACACAUUCGCCAUGCUGACCUUUAGUCGUCUCUAGUACCGGCUGAUGUAAAAUGGCCGCCGCUAGUGACCGCGGUGAGCACAAUGCGAAGAGCUCGCGGCAAAGAGAAGAUGACGGGAAAGUCGAGGAAAAUCGACUGCAUCGCCGCGCGGCAAAAUCUAGAUCUUACAGAGAAGCAAUGUCCAAACCAAGGGAAAGUGCCGGACCUGAAGAAAUACAGAAUGACACAGAGUCGCUGUCUGAACCAAGCUGUAGUGUUGCACAUCUCAGUGCCUUGGAGCAUUGCAGUGAUGUUUGUGAAUGGACUGAAAGCGCUAUGAAUGGACGACACUUAUGGAUGGACACAGACACAUCUGGAAACUCUUGUUACCUGACUGAGUGUGAAUCUCUGAAAUCAGGACCUAGAAAGAAGUGUUCAGCCUGUAAAAUUAUUGUUCAUGAAAAAUGUGUAGAACACCUGUAUAGGUCUCCCCAGACCUUUUCAGUCAUGGCAGCUGUAGUAGCACCAGCCGUAGUGAUUUGCUUAAACUCCCUACUGAUAAUCUGGUACUGUAAAUGUCAAAUUAAUGGGUUGGUAAAUCUCUUUCAGUAUCACAACAAAGUGGAGUGUUUCAAGAUGCAUAAAAUAGAUGAAAUGUGUGACUUAGGAGCUCAUGCAAACCUCAUAGUUCCACCAUCAUGGGUGGUUAAACUCCCCCCAAAAAGAGCAAGAGCAUCAUCAAUGAAAAGAAACAGCUUUAGAAAGAGACCUCUCAAGAGAAAAUCAACAAAGGAGAAGAGACCCUUUGUGAUCAAACCUUCUGGAUCAGCUCAACGCAGACCUCUGCUUGUGUUUAUUAACCCUAAGAGUGGUGGAAAUCAGGGUACAAAAAUUAUGCACAAAUUUCAAUGGAUGCUGAAUCCGAGACAAGUGUUUGAUCUGUCAAAAGGAGGUCCCAGAUUAGGUUUGGAAUUAUACAGAAAGGUUCCCAAUCUUAGGAUACUGGCAUGUGGAGGAGAUGGAACAGUUGGCUGGGUCCUGUCUGAACUUGACAAACAAAAAAUUACACCCCCACCCCCUGUGGCUGUACUUCCACUUGGAACAGGAAAUGACUUGUCAAGAGUUCUCAACUGGGGAGGGGUAGGUGGCUCGUUUUCUCAAAUAACUGAAGUUGGCGGAAACAAAGUUCUGAUAAAUAGUCAAUGCAAGUUACGAUUUUAUUUGGUCAGUGUCUUUUUUGUUUUGCAGGCCAGCACUGCAACUUUCCUUCAAAGAAAAGCGCGAUAUUUUUUCACAUUUACGACCAUAGAGUGCGAUGGAGUUGACAUGACUGAAAAACUUCUAGAAACGAAACCUUUGUGCCUUUUAUUUGUGAAUAUUCCUUCGUAUAGCGCUGGGACAUCGCCGUGGGGUCAUCCCGGUAAAGAUAGUGAUUUUCAGCCGCAAAGACUUGACGAUGGUUAUAUGGAGGUGAUUGGCCUCACGUCAGCCACGUUGGCUACGACACGUGUCGGAGGACAUGGUGAAAGGAUAGCACAGUGCAAAGAAGCUGUUCUUGUAACAAGCAAGUCUCUUCCAAUGCAAGUGGAUGGAGAACCCUGCAGAUUGUUCCCAUCUAGAAUACGAAUUAGUCGAAGAAACCAGGCCAACAUGUUGCAAAAAGUCAAGAGAAGAACAGAACGGUCAAACUCAAGUGCAGGGCCUAUUCCAUGUCCUGAACCAGUCAAGUUACAGAUCUACAGUGUUGGAUUCAAGGAAUAUGAGAAACACUGUUACGACUUGUCACAGCUUAGAGAAACUUCUACCCUCGUGGCAACAACAGCGAUUGAACCCGACUGUGACCUGGAACAGAUGAGGGCUUGGAUUGAGCGGUUUAAAGAAGACGAGGAGGAAGAGGUACCAGCAACUUAAAGAUACUGCAACCAGCCACCCUUUUUAUGCUCCCUUGAAAUUAGACUUGGUACCUUGAUAUGCCCUGAAACUUGCCUAGCAACAUGCUGCGAUGCCUAAUGAAUUCUCUGCGUAGUAAUUC